CGAGUGUCCCGCAUGCCCGUCCGUUUGGACUGAUUGGAUUAUUGGGUGAUGGCAACUCCGCCACUAGCUUCAUCCAAACUCCUGCGGACUGGAAUCGCUACAGCCCAGAACCUCUCUCUCAAUUCUCAUUCUCGCCUUUCGAGGUCCUGACCUCUCCACCUUCCCUUCAUUCCGCCUCAUCCCACCCCCUCGCCUCGGGAUUAAUCCUGUUCCGCUAAUACCCCGUCUUCCUGCCGCGUUCCGUCCGUGAGAAGAGUCUGUCGUUCAUCGCCAGUGCGGGUACGCACUUUUUUCCCUACAUGGACAACGUCCCAGACAGUGAGAUGCUCGUCGACGAAUAUGAGCAGUACCACAAUGACAGAACCGACGAAGUCGUCGUCUCUCGGUCUGGUUCGGAGGACCUGGAGCCAGAGCCUCUUGCCGAUGACCAUGCAGCAAUGAUGGCCCGGAUCCUCCCGAAGGACCCCGAUCUGGAAACCGAAGAUGAGACCUAUCACACAUGGCAUAUCCAGGAUUGGCGGAAACUUAAGAAGAAGGAGCACGGCCCGGUCUUCCAGUGCGCCGGCUUUCCUUGGCGGGUCCUGUUCUUCCCAUACGGAAAUCAUGUCGAGCACGCAUCGUUCUAUCUGGAGCAUGCCUGGGAAAACGAGCCCCCGGCGAACUGGUAUGCUUGCGUUCAGUUUGCUCUGGUCCUGUGGAACGUGAAUGACCCGUCGAUGUACAUCUCCCAUGUCGCCACACAUCGGUUCAAUUCGGAUGAGGGAGACUGGGGCUUUACUCGAUUCUGUGAGCUACGCCGGCUCUUUAGCAUGCCGUGGGAGGGCCGUGGGGUUCCUCUGGUGCAAAACGAAGAAGCCCGUGUCACAGCCUAUGUCCGCGUGGUCAAGGACCCGACCGGUGUUUUAUGGCACAGCUUUCAGAACUAUGAUUCGAAGAAGGAAACCGGCAUGGUCGGGUUGAAGAACCAGGGUGCGACCUGUUACCUCAAUUCGCUUCUGCAAUCUCUGUACUUUACCAAUUCCUUCCGAAAGGCCGUCUAUGAAAUUCCGACGGAGGCAGAAGCCUCAAGAGACAACAGCGCCUGGACGCUCCAGAGACUGUUCUACAACCUCCAAACAAACGAGAACUCUGUGUCGACCACUGAGCUCACAGCGUCCUUUGGCUGGGAGUCUAGACAAAUAUUUGAGCAACAGGAUGUUCAGGAACUCUCGCGGAAACUCAUGGAGAGGAUGGAGGAGAAGAUGAAAGGCACGCCGGCGGAAAAAGCUCUUCCGGAACUCUUCGUCGGAAAAACGAAAACCUACAUCUCCUGCAUCAAUGUCGACUACGAAUCAUCGCGCGUGGAAGACUUUUGGGAUAUCCAACUUAAUGUCCGAGGCAACAAGACCCUCGAUGACAGUUUCAAAGACUACAUUCAGGUGGAGACACUCGAGGGCGAGAACAAGUACGAUGCCGGUCAGCCAUACGGCCUCCAAGACGCAAAGAAAGGUGUCAUCUUCGAGAGCUUUCCUCCUGUCCUGCACCUUCACUUGAAGCGAUUCGAGUAUGACAUCCAUCGCGACGCCAUGAUGAAGAUCAACGACCGUCACGCUUUCCCCAUGGAGUUCGAUGCCACUCCGUACCUUUCCAACGAUGCCGAUAAGUCGGAGCCCUGGAUCUACCAGUUGCAUGGUGUCCUGGUGCACAGUGGCGACCUCAAUGCUGGCCAUUAUUAUGCCUUUUUGAAGCCUACUAAAGACGGGUUCUGGUACCGGUUCGACGACGACCGGGUGACCCGGGCUACUGACAAGGAGGUUCUCGAGGAGAACUACGGUGGCGAAUAUGAACUGGCCAACGGAGCGGCCGGUGUCAGACAGCCUUACACCCGCGGGUUAUCGACAAAACGUUCAAUGAACGCUUACAUGUUGGUGUAUAUUCGGAAGACCAGAUUAGAUGAUGUACUCUUGCCUAUCACGAAAGACGAAGUCCCCUCUCACAUCGAGCAACGGCUUGUGGAGGAGCGAGUUGAGUUGGCACGCCGGAAGAAAGAACGUGAGGAGGCCCACUUGUAUAUCAAUGUUGGCGUUCUGAGCGAAGAGUCUUUCAGGUCUCACCACGGGUUUGAUCUCACGAGUACUGAGCUCCCGGCAAGUGACCCUGCGGUGCCCAAGCAGUACAGAAUCCUUCGAGCCCAGACAGUCCGAGAAUUCGCACACCAACUUGCGGAAGAGGAGGGGGUUGAUCACGAGCGGGUCCGUUUCUGGGUCAUGGUGAACCGGCAGAACAAGACGACUCGUCCCGACCAAGUCAUCAAAGAUCAGGACAUGACAGUUGAAGAGGCCUAUAACCGAUAUGGCACCAAAGGAAAUCCGUUCAAGGUUUGGAUGGAGGUUGGACAGCCUUCCGCAGAUGGAACCGUCUCCUGGCCUGACAGCAACUCGGUACUGGUCUUCCUGAAGCAUUUCGACGCGCCUUCACAAAUCAUUUCGGGUGUCGGUGCCGUCUACGUGCGCAAAACCCAGAAGGUUGCUGACCUUGCCCCUGCAAUCCUUGAGAAGAUGGGCUGGCCUGCGGGCACCGAGUUUAUGCUGUACGAAGAGAUCAAACAUAACAUGAUCGACGUCAUGAAACCCAAACAGACAUUCCAGCAGUCUGAGAUACAGGAUGGAGACAUCAUCACUUUCCAAAGAACGAUCAAGGACUCGGAACUGCCGGCCAGUGCACUGUACACGGACGCAAGACAGUAUUACGAUUAUCUUCUGAACCGGAUCAAUGUCACUUUUGCUCCCAUCAAGGCUGAUGAAGGCGACGAGUUUACUCUAACCCUGAGCCGCAAGAUGACCUACGACCAAUUCUCAAAGAAGGUCGGCGAGCAUCUGAACGUGGAGUCGACACACUUGCGCUUUGCCCCGGUUCUCGCGAGCACUGGCAAGCCGAAAUCAUUCAUUAAACGGAAUCCCAACCAAGCCAAUCAGACCUUGUAUCAUAUCACUGGUGGGCAACCAAGUGCUUACGCGUACAGCAUGCAUCGCCAGGAUGCCCUGUAUUAUGAGGUGUUGGAAACGAGCUUGAGUGACUUCGAGUCCAAGAGUUGCCUGAAGGUCACAUGGCUCCCCGAAGGCAUCACCAAAGAGCAAGUGGUGGAGGUGUUGGUUCCUCGCGACGGAACCAUCGCAGAUCUCAUUGCCGGACUGCAGAAAAAAGCGAGCCUAGACGACGAGACCGUCCGCGAAAUACGUGUCUACGAGUCCCACGGCGGAAAGAUCUACAGGGAUUUCCAAGAAGGAUCGAAGAUUACUGGCAUUAACGAAUUCGUGUCACUAUACGCCGAAAGAGUUCCCGAAGAUGAGGUUAACAUGCAGGGCGGCGAACGGACGAUAAAUGCCUUCAAUUUCGAUCGUGAGGUCAACCGGCCGCACGGUGUACCCUUCAAGUUCGUCAUGAAGCCGGGUGAAAUCUUCAAGCAGACCAAGGAGCGACUGUCCAAGCGCACGGGCAUCAAGGGCAAGCAGUUUGAAAAGAUCAAGUUUGCUGUUGUGUCGCGCAACAUGUACUCCAACCCGCGUUACGUGGAAGACGAUGACAUCCUCUCCGACAUCAUCGGUGAUUCGGACGACCUGCUUGGUCUCGAGCAUGUAAAUAAGAACCGCAACUUUUGGAGCCGGAGUGAAUCGUUCUUCAUCCGAUAGAUGGGGCUGGUUUGAUGGUUACGUUUGUGCAUGUCUCAUUCUGCUGGACAGUCCACCUUACGAAUGGUAGGCAAUGCAUACUAUUAUGGACAUACGGAGGACGCAUGCUGCCCAGAUGAUUCGACUUACGAUGAAAGGCGAAAAAAAAAACAAUAUGUUAUACAUGAUGAAUAAGGUGUUUCGCUGCGUGGUGGUCCUGUCCGUUAGCUUAGAAGGGCAGGCCUCAUGGGCUCGUUAUGAUGUGUUUUUACCAACUGGAAUUGAUGUAUGAC